AUGUUCGUAUUCAGCAUCCUCGAACGUGCCAGCUAUGACGAGAUGGGCAAGGUCAAGCUAUGUAACAGUGGGGAUCCCCUCCGGCCAAUCAUUUCGUCCUGCAGGCGGAAGACACCUACACCGACAGAACCGACGAUCAUCACCAGCCGAUCAAUCAGCGAUUUCCGCCCAGCUGUGGUGCGAACGUUGCAAAAACGCAGCUCACCACUCACUGCCAGCAACUGUGUUAUGUUUGCGACACUGCUGCUAGCAUGUUUCAUCGCAGGACUGUUUAACAAUAAUGAAGGAGUAAAUGCAGCGACAGCAACCGCGGUUGGACCGCUUCUAGCAGCACCGGAGCAUUACAGUCUGCCGACUGUCCCCGACGCGUCCAGCUCUAUUUUGCUGCUCUUCACGACGUACUACGAUCUGCGCGUGCUUAACGUCUCGGUACAGCCGGACACGAAUGCGCUCACCUACACGAUGGAUGUGCUGCUGCAGGAUCUGAACGAAGCAUCCGCAAUGGAUUUCUAUCAUUCGCGGGGACUCGUUUGCUGGACGGAGAAUACGCGCGAGGUGAUUAAGUGUGGUCGUACGAACGGUACGCUGAACGUGACAAGCAAGACGACUGUGAUAACGGACGGGUUGGACAAACCCGAAGGCCUUGCGAUCGACUGGUACACGGACAAGCUCUACUGGACGGAUGGCGAGUCGAAUCGGAUAGAGGUGGCGCAACUCGAGCCGAUGGGCAGCGGUGCCCCGCUACAGAAGGUGUUAAUCUGGAGCGAUCUCGAUCAACCGCGUGCGAUCGCGCUCAUGCCCGCCCGCCGCUACAUGAUCUGGACGGAUUGGGGCGAAAGUCCGAAGAUCGAGCGUGCCAGCAUGGAUGGUGACCCGCAGAGCCGCACAGUGCUGGUAACGGAUCGGAUAUUCUGGCCAAAUGGGCUGGCGGUAGAUUUGGAGCAGGAGCUAAUCUACUGGGUCGAUGGCAAUCAGUGCUUUCUGGACGUGAUGGAUCUGGACGGUGGUAAUCGGAGAACGCUCGUACGCAAUCUCGACUACCCAUACAGCCUAACGUAUACGGCGAAUUUUCUGUUCUGGACGGACUGGAAGAAUGGAACGCUGCACUAUUACGACAUCCAGCGGGAUCGGCACAAAGAGUUGCUGCAUAAGACGGAAGUCCCGAUCACGGUGCAUGCUUGGGACGGACGGUUACAGCCACAGGCGUUGACCGAUUUGGACAAUCCUUGUCGACGCAACAACGGCAACUGUUCCCAUCUUUGUCUACUGUCAACGGUAGCGCCGGCAGGUUAUAGUUGUGCCUGCCCUACCGGAAUAAAACUGCUAACCGCCACGCGGUGCGCUGAUGGUCCGCAGGACAUGCUGUUUGUGGUGCAGCGUUCGCAAAUCAAUAGGAUAUCGUUGGAUUCACCGGACUAUUCGAUUGUGCCGCUGCCUGCUGGCAAGCUACGCUACGCAAUCGCUAUCGAUUACGAUCCGGUAGAUAAUUACGUGUAUUGGUCCGAUAAGGAGGAGAGUGCGAUAAAGCGGGCCCGUGCCGAUGGUAUGGGUGGCCCUGCAGAGGAGGUCGUUACCGCUGAAAUACAAGCACCGGACGGACUCGCGAUCGAUUGGUUGGCACGAAAUCUCUAUUGGACGGAUACAGGGACGGACCGGAUACAGGUAUGCCGCCUGGAUGGUUCCUUCCGCCGUGUGCUUAUCUACGACAAUUUGGCAGAACCACGCGCAAUCGCACUCGCACCGACACUGGGCUGGAUGUUCUGGAGUGAUUGGGGCCCAAAGGAACCAAAGAUUGAGCGUGCCUCGCUGGAUGGAACCGAGCGCGUACUGAUCGUGUCCCAAAACUUGAUCUGGCCCAAUGGCAUUGCGUUGGAUGUGGGCGCCCGCAAGAUCUACUGGUGUGAUGCAAAAGCGGACACGAUCGAGGUGGCAAACAUGGACGGUUCGGGACGAAACACGAUCCUCUCCGACAAUUUGCCCCACGUGUUCGGACUGAGCCUGCUCGGCGAUUACCUGUACUGGACGGAUUGGCAACGACGAUCGAUUGACCGUGCGCAUAAGCUGACCGGUGCCGACCGUACGACAAUUGGUGAAAACAUUGCCGAGCUGAUGGGCCUUAAGGUGACGCGUCUGCACGAGGUGCAGGGAACGAAUCCGUGCGCCGUAGGCAAUGGUGGCUGUUCGCAACUUUGUUUGAACCGACCGCGCGAUUACGUCUGCCGCUGCCAGCUUGACUAUGAGCUGGGACGUGACAAUCGGACGUGUCUGGUACCGGCUGCGUUCCUGCUCUUUUCCAACCAUGGCAGUAUUGGGCGGCUUUCGAUCGACAGCCGUAACCAUGCGGACUAUGCGCCGUUCCGGAAUGUGGUCGAUGCGCAUUACCUUGACGUGGACAUAGCGGAUAGGCGCAUUUACUGGGUGAGCCAGAAGCAGAAGUACAUCUCGCGCGCGUACAUUAACGGUUCGGACGUGCAGCGUAUCGUGGAGACCGGACUGAUGCAGCCGGAAGGUAUUGCGGUCGAUUGGUUGGCGCAUAACGUUUACUGGACGGAUGCGGAAGCGCGCCGCAUCGAGGUUGCUCGGUUGGAUGGCAGCAGCCGACGCAUUCUCAUCUGGAAGGGCAUAGAGGAGCCAAAAAAUCUAAUCUUGGAACCACGCAAAGGCCUGAUGUAUUGGGCCGAAUGGCCAUCGGAUUCGAUACGCCGGGCAGCGAUGGAUGGGGGAGAUCUGUUGACGAUCAUAUCCAAUGCGAAUCAUGCCAUCGGUUUAACGCUCGAUCCCGACACACGUCGCCUGUAUUGGGCACGGCAGAGUUUACCCACCGGCAUCGAAAGUGCCGACUGGGAUGGUAAACGACGGACGCGUCUUUUAAUGGCGGAUGCUGCUGACGGCAAUCGGUUCGUCCCCGUUGCACUAACCAUCUACCAGGAUUGGGUGUACUGGGCUGACUGGACUACGGAUGAGAUUGGACGCGCCAACAAGACAACCGGUGACAAUCGAACGAUCGUACACUCGAACCUCAAGUAUACGUACGCACUGCUGGCCUUCCACACCGGUCGUCAAUCGGGUUCGAAUCAGUGCCGUACCAAUAAUGGUGGAUGCACCCAUUUGUGUCUAGCGCAGGGUCAACGAAAGAUGACGUGCGCCUGUCCAACGCAUUACACACUCAACGCAAACCGAGUAUCCUGCAGUCCACCUCGCAAUUACAUCAUCUUCAGCCAACGGAACUCUUUCGGACGCUUCGUACCGAAUACGGCCGAUUCGCCAGACAUCCCGUUGCCUGUUACGGGCAAGAACAUACGUGCCGUCGAAUAUGAUGUCUUAACGAGGCAUAUCUAUUGGAUUGAAGUUCGUGGUCCAACCAUUAAACGAGCUUUCGACAAUGGUACCAACGCGAAAGUAUCUAUGAAUCCCACUUCCUCCCCGUUCGACAUGGCAAUAGAUCCGAUUGGGCGACUGCUCUUCUGGAGCUGUUCGCACACCAACACCAUCAACAUUACCACUCUGGAUGGCAAUAUCGCCAGCAUCGGAAAUGUGGAUAUUGGGCGAACGGAGAAACCACGCAGCCUGGCACUGCAUGCGAUGAAGCGGCUGUUGUUCUGGACGGACGUUGGAUCGGCACAAUCGAUUACGCGUGCCAAACUGGACGGUUCGCAGCGUGUCGAGCUGAUCACGAAGCUGGAAGGCAUACAGGCGCUGGCGCUUGAUCCACAGCUCAAUCGGUUGUUUUAUGCGCACGGCAAACGCAUUGACACGAUGGACAUUAAUGGGCAGGACGUGAGAACAUUGGUUGCGGAACACAUCAGCAUGGUAUCGUCGAUUGCAGCGCUCGAUGGUUUUAUUUACUGGCUAGAUGAGCGCCCAGUGAUGGAGCGCAUAUCGGUGCAGGGCGAUAAUCGGCGGGUGGAGAUUCACAAAACCCCACACAUGACGGAUAUUGUGGCCGUGUGGACGCCUGAUGAGCGUGUGCUUCGUAAUCACACGUGCAAAACGGCACGUGCGGAGUGUAGCCACAUCUGCAUCGCUUCACCAGAUGACGCACCUACCGAACACGUGUGUGCUUGUCCGCAGGGGUUGAUGUUGCUGAAAGAUCGGCGCAGUUGCGGUGAACAACCGAUUUGUGGACCGGAUCACUUUACUUGUGCCGCACCGAGCGAGCUGGCCGAUCGGGAUGGCAAUAAGGAGUGCAUCCCAUCGUCCUGGCGUUGCGAUGGCCAGAAGGACUGCCCGGACCGGUCGGAUGAGAUGGACUGUCCGACGUGCCGUGGUGAUCAGUUUAAAUGCCAGUCGGGUGAAUGUAUUGACAAGCAUCUGGUUUGCGACGGAACGACGCAGUGUUUGGAUGGGUACGAUGAAGCGGUUUGCUGUAAGAACCCGGAAGAUUUCCAGUGCCCGACCAGCAAAGUGUGCAUCUCGUUUCACAACGUGUGCGAUGGCGAUGAGCACUGUGCGAAAGGUGAAGACGAAGCACCGGAGAUUUGUAACGAGUACGGCAACCGUCGGAUGGUACCGAGUUCAAGCAAGAUCACGCUGCUGAUCGUCGUGGUAACCGCGGUAGCGGUCGUAUUUCUCGUGGUCUAUUUGCUGCAAACAUUCCGCACCCGGUUCGGUACCGGUGGUGGUGGUCUCGAACCAAAGGAAUGUGAUCAAGCAGCUGCGCCACUCUCGCCCGGUGGACUCAACAAGAAUAUUCGCGUAUCGAAGCUGGCGUCCGUGGCGGGCGCGGUUCGUAUGUCCACGCUUAACAGUCGAGCAAGUGGUGGUAGCUAUGACCGCAAUCACAUUACCGGCGCCAGCAGCUCUACCACUAACGGCAGUAGCUUGAUCGGUUAUCCGCUCAAUCCACCACCGUCACCGGCAACUACGGCCGGUUCGACGGGACGCUACUGCAACAGCAGCUACCAUCCGUACAAACACUACAAGAUCAUCAAUCAACCACCACCACCAACGCCAUGCUCGACGGAUGCGUGCGAUGAGAGUGAUUCGAACUAUACUAGCAAGAGCAACCGUAGCCAGCGCUGUGGCGGUGGCCACGGUUCCGGCACAACGGGUGGCGGUACCAGCAGCUCGGUCGGUAGUGGUAGUGGACGGCACGGGCACGAUGGACGCGGAUCGCUGCCGGGCAAGUACAAGGAUCGAUGCUACGAUCCGGAACCGUAUCCACCACCGCCGACGCCACGAUCACACUAUCACAGUGAUAUUGGUGGCAUGCUGCCCGAAAGCUGCCCACCAUCGCCGAGCUCGCGUAGUUCGACGUAUUUUUCGCCACUGCCACCACCACCCUCACCGGUGCCUUCUCCAUCGAGGGGGUUCUCGUAG